GGUUAAUGGCUGUCACAGAAUUUGUCUGUCAGUGUCAAGUCCGUUGUGAAUAGUUAGUUAUUCAUUUGGUGUACAAUUUACAAAAUUUUCGUUGUGCAAGUGGAGUGUUGAAGAUGGAUUUAAGACAUCACGUGAAAUGUAUGCGAUAAAAUAUAUUUAUGUGGGUUCUCUCUUUCAGUGAAGUGAACUUUUCUAAGAACCUUCAAAUUUGCAAAAGAAAAUUCAGAGGACCAAUAACAAUAAAUGAUAAUACAGAGAUAGGCCUAGCUUGUCUUUGUAUUUAUUAGAUUAACGAAACAAACAUUACUUUGUGUGUCAUGGCGUUUAUGAUGAAGAAGAAAAAGUAUAAAUUUGCAGUGGAUGUGUGCAUCGAUGAGUUAACAGCUGUUCCUUUUGUGAGUGCAGUUUUAUUCGCCAAAGUUCGCCUUUUGGAUGGAGGGAGCUUUAGUGAAGCUUCUAGCAGAGAAGAGGUCCAAGACCACAAAGUCAAGUGGGGAGCCAACUUCUCCUUCCAGUGUAAGAUGUCUGCCAACGCCUCCACCGGUGUCCUAGACCAAUGUAUACUGAGGGUAUCUGUGAGGAAGGAGUUGAAAGGAGGAAGAUCAUUCCAGAAGUUGGGGUUCUGUGACCUGAACCUGGCAGAGUUUGCAGGGUCGGGUCAGACCACACGGAGGUGUUUACUGGAAGGCUACGACACCAGGCAUCGUCAGGACAACUCCAUGUUGAUGGUUAGCAUCACCAUGAACAUGCUUUCCGGAGACGUUCUGUUCAAAGUUCCCUCUCCCUCACUGAAGCACAAGCAGAUGAUCGUGAGUGUUGCGCCAGAUGAGACCAAUGAGAGGCACAGGGAGGACUACUCCAGCGGGUCCAUAGCCAGCGGGAGCUCGGGCUGUGGCAGCCUCAAGAAACGGCCAGUCCUCUUCAACUCUGAGCUGGUGCCAGACGGCCCCCAUUUGGAGCCUGGAGACCUGGGCAUUGUCCCCACUGCGGGGCCGGGGCCUGGCGUGGCGGAGGCUGAGGAGAACCACGAAGCAGCUCCGGGACACUCACGUAACUCUUCCAACACCAGUCAGCUGAGCAAGGGCAGCGGCUACGGUAGUCUCAACAGUCAACAUAGCAGACAGUCCAGCUCCGGCGACUCUACACACAUCAGGUCCCCCUCAUGGCCUGGGUGGAACCCCCGCCUCGCCCCUAUCCCCUCCACACCCACCACUACCCCUCCCUCCCCUCGCCAAAGGCUCAGCCCCACCAAGACCAAUGGGAGGCUGCGGAGCAACAACCCCCCCUCUCCCUUGCUACUAUGCACCCCCCAGAGGCCUCCCCCGGGGUCCAACUUCAGGUUCCCCCCUUGGUCAGGUCCCUCACCCCGAGCCUCCUCCUCCCCCACCAUCCCCUGCCCUCUGUCCCCCCUAGCGGCCUCGCUGCCCAAUGAAGGUGCUAACCAGAGGAACGCGUCGUCAGGAUCGGGUCUGAGUGAGACGGGGUCGCUGGACAGAGGCAAGGCGGCGCUGGAGAGGCGAAAGAAGGCGGCGGAGGAAGGCUCUGGUGGGGGCGGUCGUGUGGAGGCGUCUAGAGUCAACCCGGACCCUCUCAUAGACCAGCUGAUCCAGGAGACAAACCUGGAACCUUCCGAGACUGAGAUGUCAGGUCUCCAACUAUACAUUGCCAAAGAUGGGACGACGGCGUUAGGCAGCCACGAAGUCAAAUCACUGGGCGUGUUCAAACAAGUCGUGAUGGACGAUAGGCAGUACUGCUAUAUAGUGAUGGAAGAGCGUUUGAACAGUGCUAAGUUCGUCCACACGUCAAGUUGAGGUAAAGCAUGGUGUGAACCUUCUCAUUGGUUUGUAUUCAACUAAUUCAUGCCGAUCUUUGUGAUAUGUAAUUAAUUUGUCGGUUUUACGAUUCAUUUUCAUGUAACCUCACCUUGGACGAAAGAGCUUUCAUGGUUUUAUAAAAUUAUUGUGUUCAACUUUCUUCCUACAAUCGAAAUCUAUGCUGCGAAAUUGUCUUCCUUUUAAUCUUCCUUUAUUUACCUUUUUUUAUUAAUCUACCCUUUUAUCUCUCUACCCCUCAUGUAUUUUGAUGAUGAUAAUAAAUUACAUUGUUUUUGUAAUGGUUUUGCUUCCUAAUGAGCAAUGUGUGAUAUUAAUUUGGUUUUGACUGUUUUGAGGAACUAUUUUUAAUAACAAAUAUUUCCACUUACCACUUUUGUAUUUGGUCGGUCUAUAGCUAAUAAUUUUAAUGUUGUUACAAUAUUUGUAUUUGGGUACUUAACUAAAUCAUGUUUCAAGUUUAUCUUUUUAAGCAGAGUUCUACAAAAAAGCCAAUCUGUUAUAUUAUUUGUACACAUUAUCCGAUGGCAACUUUGUAAAGAUGUAAAUAUCUGAUAGAAUGUAAUUCCAAUGCUCUUUAGAGCUGAUUGAACUCUUCAAGCUUCUAUUUAACAUGUAUGCUGCACUCUAACCCUACUCUAUAAACUUUAUGGAUUAUCAUUGUUUCCCAGAAUUGGGAAGUUAUACUGUUUAAUACUAAGAAAGUGGCUAUUAAUAAUUUUCUACAUUUUUUAACUGUCUGUGUAGUAAUGAUUUUUUCAUCACUCUGUAUUCAAAUAGCCCAUUUCCAUACAUCUGAGAUCCUCGAAAAUUGUCAAUUUCCAUACACCAAAAACAAAUAGUGAUCAGCUGACUUUUCUUGACAUAAACAUUACUUUCGCUAGACAAACAAUACUUUGCCUGACAUCAACAAAGUUACAACUGAAGAUCACAUAUUUUUUUUAAGUUUGAUGAAUUAGUUUUUUUUAUUGUGAUAAAAAGUAUCGUUCAAUACUCGUCACGAAAGUCCCAUUUCGGGGUGAGAUAGUGUUUUACAUGCAAGUCAAAAACU